AUGAAGAUCAACAUUAAGACUUUAAAGGGCACUGAUUUUUUUGAUGUUAACCUUGAAGAAACUGCUACAGUUGCUGAAUUGAAGGAGAAGAUUGCUACUGAAAAGUAAAAGGAAAAAGAUACUAUUAAGUUAGUUCAUAAAGGUAAAUAAUUGACCGAAGACUCUAAGACUCUUGGCGAACUUGGUAUUAAAGAUAAUGAUUUUGUUAUUCUCAUGUUCUUUUAAAAGAAAGCAGAAAAAGAAGAUGCUCCAUAAUAAGCUUAAUCUGAUACCACUUCUACUACCUCCGCUGCCUCAACAACUGCUACUAACCCCACUACUGUUCCUAAGCCUGCUGUUUCCUAACCCGCUACAACAUAAUAAACAGGAAGUUAAGGAACAGGUAGUGAUCUCCUUUAAGGUCCUGAAUUGGAAGCCAAAAUUAAAGAAAUUGAAUCAAUGGGUUUUGAAAGACCUAAGGUUCUUUAAGCUUUGAAGGCCGCUUAUUACAAUCCUGAAAGAGCAGUUGAUUAUUUACUCAGUGGUAAUAUUCCUAAAGAACCUAGUUAAUAAUAGAGUCCUUUACAAGGCUUACAAGGUCCUGGUGUUGAAUAAUUAGCUUAAUUAGCUUAAAAUCCUCAAUUCCAACACAUUGCUUAAGCUAUUCGUUAAAACCCUGCUCUUCUCCAACCUGUCAUGUAAUAAUUAGCUUAAACUAACCCUGAUGUUGCCAGACUUUUACAAUAAAACCCUCAAGCUUUCUUGCAACUCCUCCUUGCUGCCUCUGAAAACGAAGGUGGAUAAACCUUACCUCCAAAUGCCAUCCAAGUCACUCCUGAAGAAAAAGCUGAUAUUGAUGACAUUAUUUCUAUGGGUUUUGAUAAAAAUGACGCCUUAGAAGCAUAUAUUACCUGCGACAAGAACAAAGAAUUAGCAAUUAACUAUCUUUUCGAAGCAAGGGAAAGCGGUACUCUUCUUUCUGAACACAUCCAAAAGGAAGAAUUAGAAGCUGCAUAAUAAUAAUCAUAAAACUAAAAUUAAUAACAAUAAGGUAAUAACCCAAAUCAAUAAUAAUAAUAAGGUGGAUAAGGUGAAGGUGGUGAUAAUGAUGAUGAAGAUGACGAUGAUUUUAUGUAUUAAUGA